CCUUCCCAUUCCUUCCAGUGGGCCGACUGCCAUAUUCUGUAGUGGUUGGGUGUCAGUGUAAGGAAGAGUGUGCAAAGCUCUAAAUUCGUCAAAAUGGCGGGGAAUACGGGGAUGGAGCAGCUCAUCCCCAUUGUAAACAAACUGCAAGAUGCAUUUACACAGUUAGGAGUGCACAUGCAACUGGAUUUGCCCCAAAUCGCCGUCGUUGGGGGUCAGUCAGCUGGCAAGUCCUCUGUGCUCGAGAAUUUUGUUGGACGAGACUUCUUGCCUCGUGGUUCGGGUAUCGUCACCCGUCGACCACUUAUCCUACAGCUCAUUUAUCAUCCACAUGAGUAUGGCGAGUUUUUACACAAGAAGGGCGAGAGGUACACAAAUUUCGAUGAAAUCCGAAAGGAGAUUGAAGCUGACACAGACCGGAUAACCGGCAAUAACAAAGGCAUAUCAAACUUGCCCAUAAAUCUACGGGUUUAUUCGCCAAAUGUGUUGAACUUAACGCUUAUCGACUUGCCGGGCUUGACCAAAGUGCCUGUUGGUGACCAACCUCAAGAUAUAGAGCAGCAAAUUCGCAAUAUGAUAAUGACCUAUAUCUCCAAGGAUAGUUGUCUUAUCUUGGCUGUGUCGCCUGCUAAUUCUGACUUAGCCAACAGUGAUGCCUUAAAAUUGUCUAAAGAUGCAGAUCCAGACGGAUUGAGAACAAUAGGUGUCAUCACAAAACUUGAUCUUAUGGAUGAAGGUACAGAUGCCAGAGAUGUUUUAGAAAAUAAAUUGCUGCCAUUGCGAAGAGGUUAUGUGGGUGUCGUAAAUCGAUCACAGAAGGAUAUUGACGGGAAAAAAGAUAUCAAAGCUGCAAUGGCUGCAGAACGCAAAUUUUUCCUCGCUCACCCGGCUUACAGACAUGUUGCAGAUCGUAUGGGUACUCCCUAUUUGCAACGAGUUCUCAACCAACAGUUAACAAAUCAUAUCAGGGAAACACUUCCAAGCCUUAGAGACAAACUCCAAAAACAGCUUCUUGCGAUGGAGAAGGAGGUAGAACAGUACAAACACUUUCGCCCUGAUGAUCCUUCGAUCAAAACAAAGGCUAUGUUACAAAUGAUCCAACAAGUACAGAAUGACUUCGAAAGAGCAAUAGAAGGGUCUGGCUCUGCAGCGAUUAAUACAAAUGAACUUUCUGGUGGUGCUAAAAUAAAUAGACUUUUCCAUGAACGUUUCCCUUAUGAAAUAGUACGAAUGGAGUUUGACGAAAAAGAGCUGAGAAGAGAGAUUGCUUUUGCCAUCAGAAAUAUUCAUGGUAUUAGAGUGGGUCUCUUUACACCAGAUAUGGCAUUUGAUGCCAUUGUUAAAGGACAGAUAGCUCGUCUAAAAGAACCAAGUUUGAAGUGUGUGGAUCUCGUUGUGCAAGAACUGACAAAUGUUGUACGGUACUGCACUCUCAAGAUGUCGCGAUAUCCAAGAUUGCAGGAAGAAACUGAAAGAAUCAUUACAACUCACAUAAGAGAGCGUGAACAAAUAUGUAAAGAGAGCAUCCUCCUUAUGAAUGAAUGCGAAUUAGCUUAUAUGAACACAAAUCAUGAAGAUUUCAUCGGUUUUGCCAAAUACCAAUAUCAAAGUAGUAAUUCCUCCUGCCGCAGAGUGCCUAACCUGUCAGAUGCCCAGCAAACUUCAGAGACAUCAAGCAAGUCAGGUCGCAAGCUUGGCAACCAGGUCAUCCGAAAAGGUUUCAUGUCCAUCUCCAAUCUUGGUUUCAUGAAAGGUGGCUCACGAGAUUACUGGUUUGUCUUAACUUCAGAAUCACUCUCUUGGUUCAAGGAUGAAGAAGAAAGAGACAAGAAGUACAUGCUUAUGUUGGAUGGCUUGAAAAUUAAAGAUAUUGAGCAAGGUUUUAUGUCUCGUCGUCAUGUGUUUGCUCUCUACAAUCCUGAUCAGAGGAAUGUAUACAAGGAUUACAAAGAACUUCAGUUGGGUGUUGAAACUCAGGAUGAUAUGGACUCGUGGAAAGCGUCCUUCCUCCGAGCUGGAGUGUAUCCAGAGAAAGUAUCGGACUCUGCUAAUGGUGAAGAGGGUGGUCCACACAACGGUAGGAAGGGAACAAGUGAAGGCUCUACUUCUAUGGAUCCACAACUGGAACGACAAGUAGAAACCAUCCGCAAUCUAGUCGAUUCUUACAUGAAGAUUGUAACAAAAACGACCCGUGAUUUAGUACCAAAGUCUCUCAUGCAUCUCAUGAUCAAUAAUACCAAAGAAUUUAUUAAUGGUGAACUUCUUGCUCACCUAUAUGCUUCAGGUGACCAGUCAUCUAUGAUGGAAGAAAGUCCUGAAGAGGCUAGGAAGAGAGAAGAAAUGUUAAGAAUGUACCAUGCUUGCAAGGAGGCGUUGAAAAUCAUUGGUGAUGUAUCUAUGGCAACAGUUACCACUCCAAUGCCACCACCAGUUAAAGAUAAUUGGCUCCCUACAGGCCAGGAUAGUCCCAAAAUUGGCCAAAGCGGUCCUCCUUCGCCAGGGGGUAGUAUGAGAAAACCCAUAUCAGCAAAUGUAUCAAGAGCUCCACCUCCUGUACCAGGAGGUGGGCGUCCAGCUCCUGCCAUUCCAACACGGCCUACGCCGGCUCCUCCUUCUAGGCAGGGUAAUGCAGGUGGUCUACCUCCUCCACUCAUCCCAUCGCGACCAGUACCAAUUGUCCCACCAAGAAUGCAAGAUAGACCUCAAGUGCCUCAGCGCCCACAUUGACAAGAUAAGUUAGAGGAGUUUUGCUUAACAAUAUUUGAUGUGAUGAUAUGUGCCUUUGCAUUGUCUUUCAACUCUUGGAUUGUCUCAAGGACUUACACCUGUCGCAAUAGUUGCAGAACCAUCAACAAGUUUGAAAUGAACCUUGCAGGCAAGCCUUUAUUUUUGCAGUAAUCUAUAAAGUAAUGCAAGAUGUGGUCAUCAAAUAUACCAUGAAUGUAGAAAUUUCAGUCUUAUAUUACAUAUCAUUGAAUAUGAAAUCUUAGAUUCCUUGAAAAGUGAAUUUUUUUUGGUAACAUUUUGUUGGGAAAUUAAUAUAUAUUAGACUGGCUAAACUCUGUACUACAUCACAUUGUAUACAAAUUGUGAUCCUAGAGUAUCAAAACAGUUAAAAAUUGCAAGCAAAUCAUAUUUUUUAUUCAUUUGAAGUUUUACGCCCUCUUGUGACAGUGCUUUGUAAUUACAGAAUCAAUUUAUUUAUGGAGAAUUUUACAGCUAAAUGAUUAUGUACAUAUAGGUAAUACAGACCAAAGCAGGUGUUUACUAAUGCAAAUUUAUAUUUAACUGGAAAUUUAGUGUGUGUGAAGGGAGGGAAUUUUUGUGUUGGUAAUACUAUGUAAUGGUUGGAGUGUGAAUUCUGGUGCAGCUAUUAAUCAGUAUUUACACAGGUAAACUGGUACAUAGACCGUCCUGAUCUAAUAGUUAUAUUGCUGUAAAACAAGCCGUAUGCCUAACAACUUUCAAAUGCAUACACAGAUGGAGAAUAUGAAUGUUCAAAUAUUUUAUAACAAACGACAUAGAAUAUAUUAGCAAGACAAAUGACAAAGGGCUCUUUUUAAUACCCAUCUUUGUGAUUUUAGCCAUACAGAUAUUUGUAAAAAUUGCUGUUCAUAUUUGCUAAAAAAAUAUAUUUUCUCUUGUAAAUAUUGUACAGUAAGAAGUUACCAUGCAUUCAUGGCAAUUUUUAUAUGGGCUGAAGCUAGUCAGAAUUGAAGAGUAUUAGUUUCAGUCUGGACAGUGAGGGAGUAUUUUUGUCAUCUUUCAAUAAUUUUAAAGAAAAUAUGAAAAAUGGGUAAAAGUUUCUAUUUACACAGGAAAUCCUUGCAGUAUCCUUAUGCAUUUUGGAGAAGCUGUAAUCUUUCAAUAUUCCUUUUUAAUGCUUGAUUUAUGUAAUUUUUUCCUUGUGAGUGUUUCAGGUAUUUCAGAUUCUCUUUUACAUCUUGAUAAGUUUUCAUAAAACACACUUGCAGCAUCAGUAUGAAAUGGCAUCUUCUACUUGUUUGAAAGUUCUUCUGGCGUGAGGUAGAUCUUUACUAUUUUAUACAAGGCCAUGUGUACUUUUUGAAUAAGUCAAAUAGUCAAUAAGUAGUCUGAUGCAGUAUUUUUGAAAUUAAAAAUUCUUUACUUUUUAUCUCCCAAAGGGAGAUUGAAAUCCACAAAAGGUGCCAAAUCUUGCUGACCACUAUAGAAACCUGUGUAAAUUUCUUGGCAUUUGUAGCUGUUACAGUGAAGUGAUGUUUUGAUAGUUAAAACAGAAAAACUUAUUUUGCACUAAAAGAUAGCUACUUUUCAUAUAUAGAAAAAUAUGAAUGAGCAGCUGUUUGGAGAACAAAAAAUUUCAAAAUUUAAAAGUUCAUGCAUUCAGUCAUUUUUGCACUCAAAAGAGACUGUAGUAUGUAAUUUAUUAAACAGCAGUUUAGAACUGAUAUAAUUAAAAUUUAUUGUAAAGACGGACUAACUGUUGAAUUUUGGCAGAUUUUCGACAUUUAUGUUUCUGUAUGGUUUUCCUUUUUCUGGUAAGGUACAGUUCAUAAAGGUUUAUUUUAAUACAGUAAUCUGUCAUCCCAUUGUCAAGUUGAAAGUCUUAGAAUACUAUAAUCAAAAUAUGUACCUUGUAGUAAGAUUGGAAUCUUGGGUAAACUAUGGGUAAACUACAUUUCCAUGGUCUGUAGGAUGAUUUCACAGUUAAUUUAUUAUUAUAAUAAUAAACUGGAAUAAAAUUAUGGUGAGACAUUGUUACAUAAUGCAUUUUCAUAUGCAAGGUAAUGAUUAGCCCCUGAACAUUGUAUUGAAUGUUAGAAAGUUAAGACCAUGUCAGUGCAUGUGAGGUAGUAGUUGAUUUAUUAAUGAAUGACUGUAUAUAUAAAUGGUUAAGAGGUUAGAUUUUGUUAUGCUUCUACUACACUGGUGAUAAUACAGUGCUGAAAUCCCAAAAGUUCUUAAAUUAGAAGUCAGGCAAGCUCAACGGAAUUUGAAUAGGUUGAUGUUUGGAAUUUUAGAUAUUCAGUUUAUGACUUCAAACUAAUAAAUUUAUUUUAACUUGUUCUUUCAUUGAGAGAAAUUAGGAAACAACUGACAUAAAUGUGCAAAUAAUGGAAAGAACCUUGGUACUUUACCAUUUUGAGAGGACAAAACCUGAAUAUCUAAUAAAACAUAAGAAAAAAAAUGAAUGGCAAUAAUGGUGAUACUAAAUGGUAAUGGUUUAAUGAUUGCUUGCUUAUGAAUUAUAGUGUAAAAUAUAAAUGCUCGGUUCCUAUUUCUGUUGGUUCUUAGUAAUUCUUGUAGUGGUAAUUUUAUUUUAUUGAUGUAAUACUAAUUGUUUUGAAAUUUAGAACCUGUUUCCCCCUCUAUGCAUACCAACAAGCUCAUUCUUCCAAUUUGUGUGUAAUAUUGACCCAAAAACAAUUCCAUAACCAGAACCUUUAUCAAAUUUUGCCUGCAUUUUCUAUACCAAGAAUGCUAUAUCUUGACAAUUAAUAUACAGUGAAAAUUUAGAUAUGGAAAUGGGAAAGUAAGCAUAAUGUAUCUUUGCAAAGAACAUACGUAUAUGCUAUCUCUAAAUUUUUUGUCUUACUAUUGUAGAGAGCCAUUCGAGCAUAAAAGCUUUCUGCCUUUUUGGCUGGGGGUGAGCGGGGUUGUUGGACAUUUAGUUGGAAAACACAAACUUGAUUUCCAGAAGAUGCCUGGUUUCCCUGUCAAAACUUUAUAAUGAAGUGAACUGGUAUUUUCUUGCCUUGCUUUUCUUCAUGUAACACAGUUCAAAGUUUUGGAAAUGAGGCAAUUGGGACCUCUGUGGGGCUGCAGUGUCAUUUCAUGUUUUUGCUGUAAAAGUUGAAAAUUUUUUUAUGGAGCUGGCUAAGGUAGAUGUAAUAAACAUUACCACUGAAAAUGAAAUAUCUUGAAAAUGGGGAACCAUAACAGAUGAUAAGAGGAAAUUUGGUAGAGUUUCUUCUGAAAUACAUACAUUAUCAUUCCCCUUCUGUCAGAACUGAAGUCACUGCACCCUCGCAUGAAUAAAGGCAAGAAGUACAAGUGCAUCUUCUGAAUACUAUUUACCAAACUGAUCUCUGUUUGGUCACCCAUUGCCCAAAAUUACAUUUUGAUUUGUAGUUUAACAGGUGAACAGUGCUGGUUCUGUCAUUAAGGAAGUGUUCAUCCUUGGUAUGUGGUUUUUCAGUGAUGGAAAUGUGCUUGAAUACACACACACUGAACAUUGUGCCAAAAUACAUAUGUCAAAAUAAUUUUUUAUCCUUUUAUGUUCUCCAUAAGACUGAAUAGGUUUCAUAUUUUUUCCUUUAUCUUGUGCCCAUUUUUCAUUGCCACUAAAAAAAAUACUUCCUCCGGUGCCAAGAUGAUUGGUAGUGUUCUAGUGCAGUAAUGAGAGCAUAGCCUUGCUGUGUUUUUGUUGUUCAAGAAUCCAAUAAUAGAAUGUGGAUACUUCAUGUUCAUAUAUUGUAAGUUUGAUCAUGUUAAUUUGGAAUUUGAAGAUUUUUAUUAUAUGGUUUGCCAUGUUCAGUGUUAGUAAUUAAAGGGGAGAAGUCUUAUAAUGGUGACGUACACUGUAGGCACACCCCUGGCCCUUAUAUGUAGUAAUUAUUUUUAUUGUUUGUGUUAGUUACUUUAUGUAAGUUGGCCAUCAGAGUAUUUUGGUUAUUCAUCAUAUUUCAUAAGCUAAUUAUUUAACAUUCCAUUCUAAGGAGUCAUUUGAUCUGGUUGCUUUUUCAAAGCAACCUGGUCCUUCACUCAUUAGCCUCACUGUUGUUUGUGAUAUGUUAUUGUACCUAUUGUAAGUUAAAGCUAAGUUAAUGCCAUACUUUCUUUCAGACCUUAUCAAUAAUGCACUUAUAAGGAUACAUUGAAAUGUUAAUAUAUGCUUAAAUCUGUAGAGGAAGCACUAUUUGGAGGAGUUGGCCACAGUUGUAUCAGGCUUUGAAGGCUCUUUAGCUUCAGUUACAAGAUAGAAGAAAAUUUCUUUUUCCACAACAAAUUUCAGUGAUAAAAAAAAAAUGCCAUUUGCUACUUUUUCUCUUAACAUUGGAGUAGUACUAAGAAUAUGUAAUGAUUUCAUAUCUCAGGGUGUUUAAUGACUGCUUUUGCUAGCUUUAUCAGAAUAAUAUUUUGGUAUUGGAGCAUAUAAAAUGUUAAAAUACAGUUGAUGAAUUUAUUAGAUUUUUAUAAUCUGGAACUUUAUAACAGUUGUCCAUAUAUUAGUUUUAUUACUGCAAAGUGAAGAAAGUUCCAUGGUCAGUUGCAAGUAUUAAUACAAAAUGAAGCUUAAAACUUACGAAUGGAUAGUUUUUCUUUAGUCAUUUUUUUAUAUUUUGAGUCAUGAGAUUCACAUGUCAAAAAACGUGCUAUUUAAUUACUAGUAUGUUUUUGUUUUAAAAAGUUGGAGUAGCUAGUUUGAUUACUAUUGUCGUUCAUGAAAUCAAUUACUAGACAGUGGAAAACUAUUUUUUCUUAAUUUCUUGUGAUUGAGGCAUUCAUAUUCCCCUAUUGGAUGUAAACAACCAGUUUCUAUUAGUGGAUGCUAUUACCUUGUUGCCCCAAUAUGCCUACUCCUUGGUGGGUAUUACUUGCCAAUCUUUAUUGCCCAGGUAUAUAUUGAGCAGAAUGGCAUAUACUUCAAUAGAUAAAGUUUUUGCAGUGCUUUUACUGAAGAAAUCUUUGAAAAUUAAAUUUGUUCUGUUUUCCAGAAAACAUGAUACUGCCAUUAAUAAUAAGUUUCAGUGGUUUCCUGUAUAGUGUAUUAACUUCUGACCAACUACAUAUGUGCUGAAACAAGUGAUCUGUUUUGAUUACAAGAUAACUAAACUAUUUUUCACAUUAUGCUGUGACCUAUUAGUAUUGAAGGGUAAAUAAUUCUUCUUGCUCAUAAGAUUUUGAAUAAAAUGAGUCUCUA